ACCCAACGCUGUGGUCACCUGAUUUGUUGUGUUGCCGAUGAAGAAAGAUGGCGGCCCACCUGUCGUACGGUAGAGUCAAUUUAAACAUUUUGAGAGAAGCAGCACGAAAAGAGCUUCGAGAGUUUUUGGACAAGUGUGCGGGGAGCAAGGCCAUAGUUUGGGAUGAAUAUCUGACUGGACCUUUCGGACUGAUAGCUCAGUACUCUCUACUGAAGGAACAUGAAGUGGAAAAGAUGUUCACCCUUAAGAGUGGCAGGCUUCCCCCAGCUGACGUCAAAAAUAUCAUCUUCUUUGUUCGUCCCCGACUGGAGCUCAUGGACAUCAUUGCUGAGAAUGUAUUCAGUGAGGACAAGAUGCAUUCGUCACGAGACUUCCACAUUUUGUUUGUGCCUCGGCGGAGCAUGCUGUGUGAACAGCGGCUGAAGGAGCAGGGCGUGUUGGGCUCUUUCAUCAACAUUGACGAGUAUAUCCUAGACCUGAUUCCCUAUGAUGGUGACCUGCUGUCCAUGGAGUAUGAAAGUGCUUUCAGGGAGUGCUACUUAGAAAAUGACCAAACAAGCCUUUACCACACAGCCAAAGGCCUCAUGACCUUACAGGCAUUGUAUGGCACCAUUCCACAGAUCUAUGGGAAAGGAGAAUGUGCACGUCAUGUUGCCAACAUGAUGCUGAGGAUGAAGAGGGAGUUUGCCGGCAGUCAGAAUCAGAUCCUGCCCGUGUUCGAUACUCUGCUUCUUCUGGACCGUAAUGUUGAUCUGCUCACCCCUCUGGCCACACAGCUCACCUACGAGGGUCUCAUUGAUGAGAUCUACGGAAUCAGUAAUGGUUAUGUCAAGUUGCCUCCUGAGAAAUUUGCACAGAAGAAGCAAGGUGAGGCGAGUAAAGAUUUACCCACAGAGCCCAAGAAGUUACAACUCAACUCAGCAGAGGAACUGUAUGCAGAAAUACGGGACAAAAAUUUCAACGCUGUUGGAGCAGCGCUCAGCAAGAAGGCCAAAAUAAUCUCAGCUGCCUUUGAGGAACGCCAUAAUGCCAAAACAGUGGGGGAAAUAAAGCAGUUUGUGUCUCAGCUGCCUCACAUGCAGGCAGCACGAAGCUCGCUGGCUAACCACACUUCUGUAGCAGAGCUGAUCAAGGACAUCACCACAUCGGAGUCCUUCUUUGACAAUCUAACAGUGGAGCAGGAGUUUAUGACUGGAGUCGACACAGACAAGGUGAACACAUAUAUAGAAGACUGCAUUUCCCAAAAGGAUCCUCUAAUAAAGAUUCUGCGUCUGGUGUGUAUGCAGUCAGUCUGCAACAAUGGCCUCAAGCAGAAGGUGUUUGACUAUUACAAGAGGGAGAUUCUCCAGACCUAUGGAUAUGAACAUAUACUAACAUUGAACAACCUGGAGAAGACAGGUCUUUUGAAGCCACAGACAAGCUCAAGGAAUAACUACCCCACUAUUAGAAAAACCCUUAAACUGUGGAUGGAGGACGCCAAUGAACAGAACCCCAACGACAUCUCCUACGUGUACAGUGGCUACGCUCCACUAAGCAUCCGACUGACCCAGGUCUUGGCCAGGCCCGGGUGGCGUAGCAUCGAAGAGGUGUUGAAGAUGCUUCCAGGCCCACACUUUGAGGAGAGACAACAGCUGCCAGCCGGGCUUCAUAAGAAACGCCAGCAAGGGGAGAAUCGGACAACGCUGGUGUUC